CAGGUCAUGGCUGAUGAAUUUUGGAGGCAAUUUUAUGGGAAAAAUUUCAAAGAUGGUAAACGAUCUUGCCUUAGACAGCCGAUCUAUCUUUGUCUUUUCAAUGGUUGGAAAUAAAAUUUUCGAGCUUUCAGUCUUUAAUCAUCAAACCAGUACUCAAAUUCAGAACAACAAGGUUGAGUUAGUUGUUUUGGAUGACUCCAUCUAUGGUGAUGAUGGUGAUGAUUUGGUUAUUGCGUCCGAACAUAAGGAGAAGUGUAGUACUGCCGAAACUGACUUUCAGGAAAGUGUUGUUGUGGAAUGUGAAGACGACAAAUUUCAGUUGGCAUGUUUUGAGUCUGUGUUCAAUGUAAACCCCUAUAUUUUAAUCUAA